CAACUCCGUGUUGAUGACGGUGAAGCAGCUUCGUCACAGAAGACGAAAUGAAGCUGAAGCGGUUUCUCCUGCGGUUCUUCCCUCCAGGUAUAAUCCUUGAAUAUGAGAAGGGGGGAGAUUUGAGGACUAAAUCGAUCGACCUGCUGGAUUUGACUCCAGAGACAAACCCAGAUGAGCUGGUGGAAGAGAUCAGGCGGUCAGAGGCUCUGAUCACAGAGUCCCGGGCGGAUCAGGUCAAAGAGCUGAUCCUUCGACUGCAGCAGAAACAGAGUCAGCAGGGCCACCACAGGUUCUGCUUCUCGAAGGAACUUAAGGCACACAUCCUGCCACUGACAAAUGUAGCUUUUGACAAAUCAGGAUCAAGGUUUAUAACAGGGAGCUAUGACAGGACGUGCAGGGUUUGGGACACGGCAUCGGGCACAGAGCUGCACACACUCCAGGGUCACAGGAACGUGGUGUACGCGAUUGCUUUCAACAACCCCUAUGGAGACAAGAUCGCCACCGGCUCCUUUGAUAAGACCUGCAAACUGUGGUGUUCUGAGACGGGCAAAUGUUUUCACACCUUCCGAGGACACACGGCUGAGAUAGUGUGCCUUGCAUUCAACCCCCAGAGUACACUGGUGGCCACAGGCAGCAUGGAUGCCACUGCCAAGCUGUGGGAUGUGGAGACUGGGGAGGAGGUGGCUACUCUGACUGGUCACACUGCAGAGGUCCUCUCUUUGUGCUUCGACACGGUGGGAAAUCAACUGGUCACCGGCUCCUUUGACCACACAGUCGCCAUAUGGGACGUGUCUUCAGGAAGACGCGUUCACACAUUGACUGGUCACAGUGGAGAAAUCAGCAAUGUCCAGUUUAACUGGGACUGUUCCCUCAUAGUGACAGGCUCCAUGGACAAAACCUGCAAGUUGUGGGAAGCAGGCAGUGGCAAGUGUGUGGCCACCCUGGUUGGACAUAAAGAAGAGGUGCUGGACGUGUGUUUUGAUUUGAGGGGUCACCUCAUCGCUACUGCCUCGGCUGAUGGUACAGCGCGGGUGUUUAGUGCGACCACACAUCAGUGUCUUGUGACUCUAGAGGGCCAUGACGGAGAGAUCUCCAAGAUCUGGUUCAGCCCCCAGGGAAGCAGGGUCCUAACUGCCAGCUCCGACAAGACAGCUCGUCUGUGGGACGCUCAGUCUGGAGUCUGCCUGCAAGUCCUGGAGGGGCACGCCGACGAGAUCUUCUCCUGUGUCUUCAACUACGAGGGCGACACCAUCAUUACAGGCAGUAAGGAUAACACAUGCCGGAUCUGGUACUGAUCGGUCCCUUCACCCACCAGAGGCUCAGACGGACAUAAACACUAACACAGCCUGAGCUCGUCCUAAACUGCACGACCCACUGUGAAUUCAUUCUUAAUUGUGCAUUAGCAACUGAAACAUCUGCAGCCAUGAGGAGGUUACACUAACAGCCUUGUUUACAGCAUUUGUGUGAGGUGAAAAAUGUUAUUUCAAAUCCCAUAAUUGUCUCGCUAAUGUUGCUGCUGUACUGAUUCUGUGUGUGUGCUGCUUCGCUGGUUCCCUGCUGUACUGACCUGACCUCAGAAUCUCAGUUUCUAUUUGUGAAUAUACAGAAUCUGUGGGCGAGGGACACGAUUUUGGGGCUGAGAGUUGUCUGGUUUCAGUUUAUAGUUAUAAAAUAUAAUUACUGUUCAAUACAACAUGUUUCAGCAUUAAAAGCUUUCACUGUAGUAAUAAAUGGGCACUACGGUAUAUGGUUUGUAUAUGUUUCACGUUUAUUAACUCAUUCUCAGCCGAUAGAGGUGAUCUGAUAUUUUUGUUCCCACUGCCUUGUAUUUCUCUGUGACUUGUACUCAGCAGUAAUUUCAGGGAACACAAUGAUUAAUGUUCUCAGUCGCUUCUAAGUUGAAUUUCACCUGAAACCCAAAAAGCAGUCGAGCCCAAACCUCCUCCCAGGCCAAGCAUCAACAAAUUACACACACUGAUAAAUAUCAGUUCCGUUAAUGUGAAAGAGUUUUCUCAUCAAGAUCCAUUAAUUAGUUUCUGGGAAGUCAGUUUUUUUUUUACAGUCGCACUGCAAAUGUGAGAACUUGGCAAUACAAUGUGAUACUGAUACUGACCAGUGUUCAUUUCCCUUCUGCUGAAUGUUGAGUGAGAAUCGAGGCGGCUUGUAUUUCACAUCACAGAAAUUUAUUGAUGUCAAAAGAUAAAUACAUUCAGUUCUACCGUGACAGAGUUUA